CACUAAAUAUACCGCAAAAGAUUUUAUGUCUCCAAGAUUUGCAGGAAAAGAUUUUAAGUCUCCACUUUUAGACGACCUGUGACAUGACGUAGCGACGGUAUUGAUUAUGAUGCCGCUGACAUUUCAUCAUUGUACUGUACACUCGUGUAACAAAAUAAUCAUUUAUAUAUGUCAAUGUCCAUAUUCCAUGUGGUUGUGAAAAAUUUGUACUUCAUAGUUUGUCAAUAAUGUCUAGUGCUCCAACUUCGGCUGAACUUAUAAGCGUUGGUGGUGAACGAACUACUGGAGCGUCUGUAAGGACGCAAAAUGUUAUGGCUGUGUCAGCUAUUGCAAACAUUGUCAAAAGUUCUCUUGGUCCUGUUGGCUUAGAUAAAAUGCUUGUUGAUGAUGUUGGGGAUGUCACCGUAACUAAUGAUGGUGCAACAAUAUUGAAAUUACUUGAAGUAGAGCAUCCUGCAGCCAAGGUUCUUUGUGAACUUGCUGACCUUCAAGAUCAAGAGGUUGGUGAUGGUACAACAUCUGUCGUCAUUUUAGCUGCUGAACUUUUAAAGAAUGCUGAGGAUCUUGUGAAGUCAAAAAUUCAUCCAACGUCAAUUAUUAGUGGUUAUCGUCUAGCUUGCAAAGAAGCAUGCAAGUACAUCAAUGAACAUAUGACUAUUGGCGUGGAUGAAUUGGGUGGAGAUUGUAUUAUAAAUGUUGCUAAGACUGCCAUGUCAUCCAAACUCAUUGGUGCUGAUAGUGAUUUCUUUGGAAAGAUGGUUGUUGAUGCUGUCAUGGCUGUGAAACGAGAAGUCAAAGGUGAUAGCAAGUAUCCAAUCAAGUCAAUCAAUGUCCUUAAAGCGCAUGGUGCAAGUGCUCGUGAGAGUGUAUUGGUGAAUGGCUAUGCACUAAAUUGUACAAUAGCAUCACAAGCUAUGCCAAAGAAAAUUAAAAAUGCAAAAAUUGCAUGCCUUGACUUCAGUUUACAAAAGGCAAAGAUGCAUUUGGGUGUGAGUGUAGUUGUUGAAGAUCCUGAUAAACUAGAAGCUAUUAGAAAAAGAGAGUCUGAUAACAAAGAAAGAAUUGAGAAAAUUCUUGCAGCUGGUGCGAAUGUUGUUCUUGUAAGUGGAGGCAUUGAUGAUUUGUGUUUGAAAUAUUUUGUUGAAUCUGGAGUAAUGGCAAUCAGACGUUGUAAGAAACAAGAUCUCAAAAGGAUUGCUCGAUCAACUGGAGCAACAAUGUUAUUGACUUUGACAAAUUUGGAAGGUGAAGAAAGCUUUGAUGCAACAAUGUUGGGUCACGCUGAAGAAAUAGUUCAGGAAAGGAUUUCUGAUGAUGAACUGGUUAUUAUUAAAGAGCCUAAAGCUCGAACAGCUGCAUCUAUAAUCCUUCGAGGAGCAAAUGAUUUUAUGUUAGAUGAAAUGGAAAGAUCCUUUCAUGAUGCUUUAUGUGUGGUAAAAAGAGUUUUGGAUUCAAAGAAGGUGGUGCCAGGUGGAGGAGCUGUUGAGGCUGCAUUAUCUAUUUACUUGGAGAAUUUUGCUACCUCUUUAGGUUCAAGAGAACAACUAGCUAUUGCAGAAUUUGCUAAUUCUCUUUUGGUCAUUCCUAAGACAUUAGCAGUGAAUGCUGCUAAGGAUUCAACUGAAUUGAUUGCUAAACUUCGUGCUUAUCACAACACAUCACAAACAAACAAUGAUAAAGUGCAUUUUAAAUGGAUGGGCUUAAAUCUUGUUGAAGGUGUAAUUCGUGAUAGCAAAAAGGCAGGUGUACUUGAACCAGUUGUUUGUAAAGUAAAAUGUUUGAAGUUUGCCACAGAGGCAGCUAUAACUAUUCUUCGAAUUGAUGACAUGAUUAAAUUGGAGAAAAAACAAGAAGACCCACAUGGAAGAUCAUAUCAAGAUGCUGUUAGAGGUGGACAUCUUUAAAGUAAACAUCCAUAAAAAAACUGCGAUCAAAGAUAAUAGAUGUUACAAUGUUCACAUCUCAAAUACAUGGAUCAAAGUUA